GGAGCUCAGAGGGGACCUAAUUAACUGACAGCCAGUCUGAUUGCCAAGCUUGGGGGGGGGGCAGUGACUGGGAGUGCUCUGUGCCCCCUCCACCCCACACCCUUACUUGUCAGCCCGCCUCACACACCAAGCAGGGCAACUUGACUUUUUUUUUUUAAAAUGAGGACUGGGCUUCGAGUUCCACAGCCUGAGAGAGGCUGCUAGGGGGGCCCAGACCCAGGCCCCCAGCGAUGCACUCCUAGGCCCUCGUGGGCCUGCGGCUGGGGCCCCCACCUGAGCGCCCGUGGGAGGCUGGAGGUGGCUGCAGUGCCCCGGCUCAGCCUCUGCAGCUGGAUCCAGUUUCUCUGCAGCCCUUGAGCUGACCUUAGGUGGUCAGGGCCACGUGGGUGCCGUGGCCCGUGGGCGCCUUCCACAGCCAGCCCCAGCUCCCGAGGCCUGAUGUCUUCAAAAACCAGGAGAGGAAGGGCCUUGAUCCGGCGCAGGAGGCCAACCCCCGCCAUGCUGUUCCGGCUCUCUGAGCACUCCUCGCCAGAGGAAGAGGCCUCCCCGCACCAGAGAGCCUCCGGAGAGGGGCACCACCACAAGUCGAAGAGACCCAACCCCUGUGCCUACACACCCCCCUCGCUGAAAGCUGUGCAGCGCAUCGCCGAGUCUCACCUGCAGUCCAUCGGCAACCUGAGCGAGAACCAGGGCUCAGAGGAAGAGGAUGAGCUUGGGGAGCUCCGGGAGCUGGGCUACCCAAGAGAGGAAGAAGAGGAGGAGGACGAUGAAGAAGAGGAGGAGGAGGAGGAGGAGGAGGACAGCCAGGCUGAGAUCCUGAAGGGCAGCAGGGGGUCUGCUGGGCAGAAGACAACUUGUGGCCAGGGUCUAGAGGGGCCCUGGGAGCGCCCACCCCCUCUGGAUGAGCCCCAGAAAGAUGGAAGCUCUGAGGACCAAGUGGAAGACCCCACACUAAGUGAGCCCGGUGAGGACCCUCAGCGCUCUGCCCACACCGUGCCUGGCACAUAGGCACUCAGCCAUGUAUCUCCCAUAAGGAAGUGGAGGGGACAUCGUUGCUCCCCAGAAACCCACUCGGUCCCCACCCUAUUUUCUGCCCUUCCCCUCACUUGCUAGGGCUGCGGCUUCUGACUUCUAGACAACUAAAAUUGGUCUUUGCUUGUUCGCCCACCUUUGGCUGAUGCCCAGAGUCCUGGGCACUUGCUGCCUGAUACCUACCUCUGCCAGUCAUUCCCCUCAUCACCCAGUGGGAGGCAGGAUGUGAGAGAGCUUGCUUGGAAAAUCUGGUAACCCAAGGGCAAAGGUUCAUCCUUCACACUUCUACUCCCAGGCCCUCUCCCUUGGGCACAGGAAAACCCCAGGGCAGGACCCUAAGAUAGGAAGAAAGGGGGUACAGAGAACCUGUAGGUGCCCUAGAUCCUUCUCCAUCCCCUCUCCUCCUGGGGGGAUUCCCAGUCACUACCCCUCUUUCUGGCUUCUACCAGGGCUGAGGAUUCAGGCAUCCUUCUCCACAGUUUCUACUCUUUGGAAAUCUUCCCCUAUCACCCCUGCUCCCCAGCCUGGGUGCCUGGAAGAUGGACUGGCAGAGGAUGCUUUGUUGCAUUUUGUUUGUGCUUCGAUGCCAAGAAUGCCACCUAGUAUACAUCCUUAAAGGGGUUACAUGUUGAGGGGAGCCAGGUCCUUCUUGUCCUCCAGCUGCUCUGCCCCUCCCCCUUUUCCUUGACGCCAGACCUGAACUGCUCUUGUGCUGUAAUAAAUCUUUGUAAAUAACUG